CGUCUCUUGAAACCAAAGAGAUGUGAAUUGCAUGAGGUUGUUUUGAGAAAUAGUUUCCUUUGUAAACUGACWGACACUACUAUGAAUAGCUCAUGAGCCACAAUGAGUUUGAAUAAAAUCGCAGUUAGAACSAACAAAGGUGAAUAUGUUGGCGGAGAAAAGRUUUACGGCGCUGUCUAUUUAUGGAUAUGCAGUACAGAGGCAUGCCGUGCAGUCAAACUCAAGUUCAAAGGAACUGAAAAAUGUGAGUGGGAAUAUAGAGAUGUAGUUGAACAAAAUGGGAGACUUGAAGAAAUUGUUCUAAAGAAAUCAUACMGAAAGGACAAAUUUAGGGCUGAGGGGCGCCUUGUGGAAUACGAAGAUGGCAUACCAAUGGGCUGCUAUGCAUAUCCAUUUAUCUAUUCAUUACAACAAGAUCUUCCAGCAUCAUUCAAAGAUAGUGGUUUCCAUGGCAUCAACAAAACCGAUAAAUGGGAAGGUGAAAUCCAGUACACUGUUUCAGCUGAAGUUGAAAUGCUUCAAGGAUCUGAAAGUGUAUUACAGGAUGUACAGCCCAUAAUAAUCAACAAGAGCCUACCUUUAACUGAAGUCCAGGGUGAGACUUUCUCAGACAAGACAACAAUCAAAAUUUGUUGUUGUAUACCUAGAGGAGAUGUUUCCAUUUCUGCCUGCUUAGAUAAAAAGGCUUACACAUCUGGAGAAACUGCCCAGUUACAUGUCGACACAAAGAACACCUCUAGUGUUGAUAUCAACUCAUUUGUUGUCAAGCUUGUUAGAGUCGUGACGCUUUGGCCUAAGGAUAGACCAGAUUAUUCUGGAAGCCAUGAAGAAAACACWGCACCUGUAAUAAAAAGCCCUUGUAUUCCAGAUAAUAUACUGAACAUCAAGAAUGAGGGAUGCUCAAGCAAGUCUACUAAGACAAGUGAUGUAUCACUUGUUCUUAAAAGUGAAUCCACGAAUGAAAACCUUCAGCCAUCCACUGAUGGAGAUCUUGUCAAGAGUAUCUAUCACGUUGAUGCUGGACUUGAGAUUGACUAUGCAUUUCCUGUAGCUGUUCAACUUCCAGUAACAAUUCAAGCACCUCGCAACAAAAAGUGGCACGAUUGGGAACCACCUGAAUGGUUUAGCUGUAAUAUUAACAUUGUCAAUGGAAGUGGACCAUUUGCUGUGCCUGAACAACUACUUGGGUCUAGACACUUUGCWCAUGUACCAGGAUUCCAAAAUGACCCAUUCAGCUAAGAAAAGCAACCAAAUACAACUGUAUCACGACUGGAAGUAUCUUUAAUUUUUCCAGAAAAAAAAUUAAUAGUUCAAGAUACAUAUUUUGGSCAAUAAUAAUUUUGCUUACAAUGGCUAUGAGUAGCUAUACAUCAUCUAGAACACCAAGAGGACAGGUUACUGUGUUUGCAUCAUCAAAUGAAAUUGUUACCAGUAAAAUUUCUUGAAAAUAAAUUUCAAAGCAAAGCAAAUGCCCGUAAUAAUAACUUAAAAGUCUCACCACGGCACCUGAGCACUAUCUUUCAAAAUUGUGAAAAAAAAUAUUGUAAACCAGCAAAUGUCAUUAAAUUUUAGUAGGAAUGUUUUAAUAUUACUGAUAGAGUUAUAUCAAAAAUGUAUUUUAGUAUUAACAAUAGAUAUAGAAAACUAGUUUUAUAUUUUAUGAAUAAACAAGCAUUUAAAUAAGAUUUUAGUAGGAAUGUUUUAAUAUUACUGAUAGAAUUAUAUCAAAAUGUAUUUUAGUAUUAACAAUAAAUAUAGAAAACUAGUUUUAUAUUUUAUGAAUAAACAAGCAUUUUUAAAAAUAAGAGCUUAAAGGAGAAUAAACUGAGACAAUCAU